AUGGGAUUCAUAAACCAAACUAUUGAUCAAUACCAAUUGGGCGACUGCAUUGGGAAAGGUGCCUUUGGUUCAGUCUAUCGAGCAUUAAACUGGGAAACAGGCGAAGCUGUAGCAGUCAAGCGUGUGAAGUUAAGUAAUAUACCAAAAUCAGAAUUAAAUUUUAUUAUGACAGAAAUUGAUUUAUUAAAAAAUCUUGACCAUCAAAAUAUUGUUCAAUACAAAGGAUACGCCAAGACAAAAGAAUUUUUAUAUAUAAUUUUGGAAUAUUGUGAGAAUGGUUCCCUGCAUAAUAUAUGUAAAAAAUUUGGAAAAUUUCCAGAAAACCUUGUUGCUGUAUAUAUAAGUCAAGUUUUAGAUGGUUUACUCUACCUUCAUGAUCAAGGUGUAAUACAUCGGGAUAUUAAGGGUGCAAACAUUUUGACGACAAAAGAAGGUCUAGUGAAGCUUGCCGAUUUUGGUGUUGCUACGAAAACUACAUCCUUAAGCGAUUUUACUGUAGUUGGGUCACCUUAUUGGAUGGCUCCAGAAAUAAUUGAAUUAUCUGGUGCUACUACUUCAUCGGAUAUUUGGAGUGUUGGAUGUGUCGUAAUUGAACUUAUGGAAGGGAAACCUCCUUAUCAUCAUUUGGAUCCAAUGCCUGCACUUUUUCGUAUUGUUCAGGAUGAACAUCCACCUUUGCCUGAAAGUGCUUCAGAGGCUGUGAAAGAUUUCCUUUUGCAAUGUUUUCAAAAGGAUGGUAAUCGUCGAGUUUCUGCCCGAAGAUUAUUAAAACAUAAUUGGAUAACUGGUGUUCGUAAGAGGGCUAUAAAUUCAAUACCUCAACAGAUAAAAACGGAAGAAACGAUAAAGGAAGUUCAAGAAUGGAAUCAGGCUAUAGAGAAUCCAAAAUAUAAAUACAGAAGGGGGAGAAGUGAAUCCAUAAGAGGUGAUAAUUUGUUGGGGUACGUUCCUAAUGUUAUAAACAAUAAUUCCACUAUACAGCAAAAUCGAUUGUCGGUUGCAAUUGCUGAACCUGACGAUGAAGCUGAUAUUUGGGAUGAUGAUUUCGCAGAUUCUAUAUCUUUUACGAAAAUUACUGCACAUCAAAUUAAGCAAAUGAGCCAAAUUGAUGAUGAUAACACACAAACUAUUAAACCUUGUCAAUUUCAAAUGAUACAAAAAGUGUCACAUCAAGAAAAUAUUGCCAAAACUAACGGCAAAGAAAAUCAUACUAGUGAUAGCAUUAAUGGAACCCCGACUGAAAAGCGUAGUAAUUGGGAAUAUAUGCAAGAUACCGUCAUAAGUUUAAAACAAAAAGAAAAUAAAUCAACAGUUCCUGAAGCAUCAAUUACGAAUUUGUCAGAUAUAACUUCAAACACGGUAGAAUUUAAUACAAUUAUCGCUCCAAAAAAUGUGUCCAAACAUCAUGCCCGUUCCACAAGUAACCUUGAGGGUAUGAUUAAAUCUCAAGCAAUACAGGACAAUCUAAAGAAUGGAACGAUGAAAUUUUCAGACAAAUUUCUUUCUCCAUCAUCAGCAAUACAUGAAUCUUCAUCGGAUAAAUCUUCAACGAAUAAAGCACAAAAUAUAAGAAGAGUCGCUUCGGUACAACAAAUAGAUGCAAUGGUAAUCGUUAUUCCAACUCCAGAAACUUCAUCGACACCGCAAAAUGAUUCGGUUCCAAAUGAAUUUUAUCAAUAUCAUGAUCUAAGUGAUGAAGAUGACCCGUUUGCUCAAAUGGAAAAGGAAUUCGAUGAGGAUGAAAUGGAUAUGGAUGCACGUAUCGCCAGGGAUAAAUACGCACGAGCUUGUUUGCGUUUGGAAGAACUUAUAAAUGCUUUACAGCCUAGUGAGGAUGAAGAUCGUUUAGUCGUUACGUGUGUGCAAUUAAUUGAAUUACUAACGGAACAUAAAGAACUUAAGAAUCAUUUUAUUAUGGUUCAUGGAGUUAUUCCCAUCAUAGAUCUAUUGGAAAUAUGCUCUUAUACAAAAGUUUUAUCAAGGCUACUGAAAAUUGUGAACAUCAUUAUUAAAGAAAACAUAAACCUUCAAGAGAACCUUUGUCUUGUUGGUGGAAUUCCUAUUAUCAUGAAUUUCGCAUCUAGAAUGCACUCUUAUGACAUUCGACUCGAAGCAGCUAUUUUUAUAAGGCAAAUAUGUCACACCUCUCCAGUAAUUCUUCAGAUGUUUGUUUCUUGUCGAGGUUUAAAAGUAUUGGUAGAGUUUUUAAAAGAGGAUUAUGCUGAACGUAAAGAAAUAAUAUGGAUAGCAGUGAAUGGAAUUUGGAGUGUAUUUGAACUUCAAAGUCCAACUCCUAAGAAUGAUUUUUGCAGAUUGUUAUCAAAAUAUGGAUUGCUUGACCCAUUAUCGGUAACCUUACAUAAUGUAAUUGUUGAUCCGGAUCCUCUGGCUUCAGGUUAUAUAAAUAAAAUUGUCAAUAUACUCUUAACGUUCUCACAAGCCGAUGCUUAUAUAAAGGAAGUUAUGGCCACACGCACCCGAGUGGUCUCUCGAAUAUUUGAAGAUUUAGGCAAAUUGUCACCAAAUUUAAUGGUGAAAAUGCUGAAAUGUAUUAAGAAUUUAUCAAUGAAUUCAAAUACUUUGGAAGCCUUACAAUAUGCUGGAGCAAUUCAAGUUCUCACCAGAAUCCUUGACGAUCAAGGUCCACCUUAUGUAACUGAAAUUUCAAACCAAGUUCUCAAUGCAAUGUACAACCUUUGUCGUAUCAAUAAAUCUCGACAAAAAGCAGCCGCUAAUGCAGGAAUCAUCCCUCAUUUGAAAUACUUUGCUUAUAACAAAGUUCCACUUAAACAAUUCGCAUUACCUAUCCUUUGUGAGAUGGCUCACACUGGAAAGGAUUGUCGCGAAUUGUUGUGGGAACAUAAUAUUUUACAGCUUUAUUUGGAUUUAAUGUCUGAUCCAUUCUGGCAAGUUAAUGCUAUAGAGUCCAUUCUUAUCUGGUUACAAGAAGAAACCGAAAAGGUUGAACCAAUAUUACUUCAACCUAAAAAUAUUGAUCUUAUUCUUGAGGCAUUUAUUACUUCAAAGGCAAAUUCAUUUGAAAACAUUCUUGAACCAUUGCACCUUAUGACUCAAUUAUCUCCAUCUGUGACGUGCGCUUUAGCACAGCAAAAUUUCUUCAAGCGUUUAUUGCGCAGGCUCGAACAUCCUAAAGCUGUUGUUAGAUUAAACCUGUUGAGGAUUUUAAGAUCAGUAUGUGAUGUACAUCCACAACGAGAAGCCGUUGUUGAACAAUACGGAUUAUAUGAUAUUAUUGAGCGAAUGAGCAAAGAAGAUCCAGCCGUAUUAGUAAAAGAAUUGACGGAAGUUCUCUUACAGGGAUAUUUCAGUCCUAAAGAAGAAGAUUCAUCAAAACUAUUUCCUUCUUCAUUGUCACCCCCCGACAGUAAUGGAGAAAUCAACGAGGAUAAUAUACAAAUGCUUUACAAAAAAGAUGAAGAAAUUGAAAUAUCGGGCUUUGAUUAUGAAGAAACAUCGGAUAAAGUUUCUCUUAAAGAACAAUCAGCAAUUGACGAUUGUAUAUCUCCGAAUAGACAACGUUCGUUGUCGACUUCAUAUCUAAUCCCGUUAUCACCAGAUAUUCCAAGGCCUCUACGUCCAUUAUCAACCUCAUAUAUCACAUCAUUUCCAGUCAGACAAUCAUCUAACUACAAUCAGCCAAAAUCAAUUUCUUCAUCAUUUUUAAAGUCGCAGCGAUAUCAUGUAUCUUCUACAACAUCAAUAAUUGAAAUUCCUGAAAUUCCAUCACCUUUAUCGUUAAAUAUGUCCGUGCCCAGCAACAAAUUGCAAACAGCUGUAACUUCAAUUUCAUCUACUUCCACUUCAUCUGUUCCUUCGAAUAGUUCCUUGCCUUUUCCAUAUCACCAUAUUCGAAAACGUGAUUCUAUUCGUAAGAUGAAGGAAUUGUCACAUCAUCGUAGUUUUAAUAAACAAUUGUCUCGAAUUAAUCAAUCUUUAGAAUAUUCAGGUACAAUUUCAAGGAAUUCGAUUGUUAGUAAUUCCGAUUCGUUUGCAAAUUGUUCAUGUCAAGGGUGUGUAUUGGGAAUAUUGAGAAAAAGAGUAAUAGGAGGAAGCGGAAAAGUCAAAAAAGUUAUAAAAACAAUGCAGAAAAGAACUAAAGAUAAAUUAUCAAAAGUACAUAAAUCAGUUAAUAAUGAUAACAUAAUUGUUUAG